AUGGCUGGAGGUGUCCCAAUUGUUGCGCGCGCAGCCGCGAGCGAUAGAGAAUUGACUGGUGCAGCGGCAUUGACUCUUAGACAGUCCUUGCUUCCAUGCGCUCUUGUUACUACUCUUUUCUUCCUCUGGGGUUUCGCAUACGGCCUUCUAGAUGUUUUGAACGCCCAUUUCCAGAGUGCUUUAGGCAUCACAAAGAGUCAGAGCUCUGCCCUGCAGGGUGCAUACUUUGGCGCAUACUUCUUGUUCCCUCUGCUCUUUGGUGGGCCAAUAUUGCGACGAUUCGGUUACAAGGUUACUUUCAUGACUGGCCUUAUCAUCUUUGGUAUUGGAUGCUUUUGUUUUUGGCCCUCUGGUAUCUACUCGUCUUUUGGUGGGUUCUGCGGGUCCAUGGCUAUUGUUGGAUGGGGUCUGUCGACACUCGAAGUAUCGGCGAAUCCAUACCUUGCAACUUGCGGUCCUCCAAAGUAUUCCGAAAUCAGACUAUCAACUGCUCAGGCUGUCCAGGCUACUGGAACCGUCGUCGCACCAGUUCUCGGCUCCUAUGUCUUCUUCAAGAAUACUGAGGAUCUUAACUCUCUCAAGAACGUCCAAUGGGUCUAUCUCGGUGUUGGAGUAUUCGUCUUCUGUCUUGCUUUCGCAUUCUUCUUCGCCCCAAUCCCAGAGAUUACCGAUGCGGAUAUGGAACUCCAAGCCACUUCUGAUGAGCUCUCCCAGGAAGUCGAACCUUUGAGGAAGCAAAUUACUCUUUUCUGGGGUGUUGCAGCUCAAUUCUGCUACGUCGGUGCCCAAUGCGCAGUUGCAGGUUUCUUCAUCAACUACACUCUCGAAACCGGCCGUGAUCAUGCAACUUCUGCAAAUCUUCUCGCCGUCGCUCAAGGUCUCUUCGCCAUUGGUCGUUUCGCCGGUGCCGCAAUGAUGAAAUUCGUCAAGCCUCGUUAUGUUCUUCUUACUUUCCUCAUCGGAACAUGCGUUUUCUCCAUACUGUCCAUGAACAUCGGAGGAACAGCAGGUCUUUCAUUCCUCAACGUCGUCUUCUUUUUCGAGUCAUGCUGUUUCCCACUUAUCUUUACUCUCGCUAUCAAGAAGCUCGGUCGUCAUACUAAAAUCGGUGCUUCUUUCCUCGUUUCUUCGAUCUCCGGUGGAGCCGUUUGGCCACAAAUCCUCGCACAGGUUGCAGACCGUAAAUCGACCCAUUUUGCUAUGCUGGUCCCAUUUAUCGGAUUUGCUUUGGCGACUACUUUCCCAGUUUACGUCAAUCUAUUCCAGAGGGAUCGCAUGGACAUCGCAUUCGAGACAGUUACGCCUGCACGCGACGUGGAAGAGAGGAGCAUCGACGACGAAAAGGUUCACGUUUCUAUGAAGGAGUAA